GCGACCUCAUUCCUUGUCAAGCCCUUUUACGAGGCUCCCAUACCUCUGCCUUCAUACGAAGUCCCGCAGGACUGUAGCGGAAACCUGUUAUUUGAGCGCUUUGAGGCACUCUUCCCCGAAGUUUUACUCCUUAGGGAACUGCGCGGUCAUACCAUCGGGUUUGCAUUCGCGUGUGUAAGAGGGCCCUUGAGAGAAAUGCAACCGCGGUACCCGACUAGGCGUGCUGCUAUUGAUGCUCAGCAAUGCGUCGAGUCUCUUACGGUGCACGCCUUCGAGACAUGGAAAGCAUAUCUCUUGGUAGCAAACACCAUCCUUCAGGCCAUGUUCACGGAGUCGAGCAAACUCGAGCUCAUCGCAGCCUUAAUCGACGCCCGAUCACGCAUCGCACUUCAUCACGUCGACGACUUACUGCGUAGCAUGCGCACGCUCUUCGACGCCUUCCAUGCGCUAGAGCAGACGGCAAUCAAGGAGUUCACCGAGAGCCGCCUUGCAAAGUUCGUCAACCCCGUCCUCGACUUCUUUGAUCUCCGUCGACCCGAAGAGGUAUACAAGAAAACAGCAAUCGGCAUCGCCACGUCCCACCUGCAAGCCCUGCAGACGUACCUCAGCCGCUGUAUAGCCCAGGCAUCCAAGGCUAGGGCUUCUAUCGAAGGCCUGGCAGAGCGGUUUUCUCUUCAGAGACUUGUUGAAGUGCAAAGGGGUCUCACAGGAGAGGACACGCUGGUAGUUCACUGCGCUUAA